UUUCAACAUUUCUAUGAGCUGUGAUCUGAUUUUAACACAAUGUACUUAUUGUUAAUAGUUAUAGUUUCACAUUUGGAAGCGUACCAGGGGCGAGGAUAUAACAAAUUCCUAAUCAAUAACUUAUCAUGUUUAUUUUAUCGGUUUUGAAAGACACAAUUCACAUACAACCUUACGAUUUUUAUAAAUCUAAAUAUGAUGCAUUAGCCGAUGAAAUCAAUCGAAUUUAUGCAAAUAAAGUUAUUCAAGAAGUUGGAUUAUGUAUAUGUUUGUUCGAUAUACUUUCUGCAAGUGAGGAAAUAGUGCACUAUGGGAAUGGUGCUAGUUAUGCUAAAGUCAAAUUUCAGUUAGUUGUAUUCCGACCUUUCAUUGGUGAAAUACUGGAAGGAAAAGUAUCAAGUAAUACACCUGAAGGUGUUAAAGUGACUUUGGGGUAUUUUGAUGAUAUCUUAAUUCCCACAAACAAUGAUGAUGGUUGGAGAUUUGAUUUUGGAUCACAAGUAUGGGUAAGAUUAUGGGAUAAUCCAUUACCAGAAAACUUAUGGAAAUCAGCAGAAGAUAAAUAUUUAUAUAUGUAUAUGGAUAAAGAUCAAUCAAUAAAAUUUAGAGUUAUAGAAGAAAAUUUUACAGAUAUUGGUACAAAGGGUCCACCACCAAAACGUACUGGAGCUGUAGCUGGACAAAAAGUUCCUCAACCUGGUUCUUCUUCAUUACCAUCUGACGUUAUGAUCGUUGGUAAUAAUAAAAGUGUUACUAAUAUACAACCACCAAAUAUUGUUAAUGCUGAUACUACUACUGGAUCUAACGUAAUUGGAGGUGCAAAUGCCACUUCUGUUCAGCAAGAAAGUAAAUUAUUAGGAGCUGCUACUACUUCUUCUACUUAUAAACUUAAACAAGCACCUUAUGAAAUUGUCGGAUCAAUAGCUGAAGUUGGCUUAGGUUUAACUUCCUGGGCUUGGGACUAAAAAUUUUCUUAAAC